ACGGCUUCACAAUCUCAACCUGUUUCUUCCCAGACAGCUCCUCAAUUGCAAAAUAGGCAGUUGGUACGACCCAGUCAAAUGGAACCAGGUAAAAUAUAUCGGGAUCCUAAUUUACGCUUGAAUGACCCAGAAUGGCUUCGAAUGGAUGAAGCGACAGAUCGUCUUAGCGCUUUAGCGGGUCCAUCCACUUUACAAUCAUUAAUAGAUACAAUUACUAAAGGAGUAAUCGAUAAAGUUUCUUCCGUCUUGCCUAAGAAAAAUGGGGGGAAUGUGUCAAAAAACGCUGAAGUCGACUCAGAUGAAGAACUGGCUAAUCGCAUGA